AUGCCAAUGAAUCGUCGUCGAUCUUUCAUCCUUUUCGCUUUCGCGUUUAGCCUUACCAUGAUGAGUAAACCAGCCUUAUCCUUUCUCUACAUAAGAUCUGUGUGGAUCAGAAACCUUCUGCACAGCGGAAACGAUCUCGUAGUCCAUUGCAAAACCGCCGACCAAGAUAUGGGAUACCAUAGGGUGCAUCCCACAGGAUCUUACGGUUUUCGUCACGAAUCCAAUACUUUGGCCCCCGAAAUAUUAUGGUGUCACCUAUGGCAAGGACCUAACUUCAAGCAUCACCAAGUCUUUGACGUUUAUUACAUUGGUCCUCGUACUUGGGAAGCUAAAGAAGAUGGAAUCUACGGGUUUGUGUUGGAAGAGUCUACCCUCGAGAUGUCCAAAUUAGAUUAA